AUGGCUUCCAAUGCGGACCGCGGCAACAAUUCGAGUGAAGACAAAGGCCAAUCGAAGCAGGAUAAUCCGUUCAUCAAAUUUCGCCAGUUUGCAGACUCGCACAUCGGCUCACUUCUUCAAGGUAUCGUUGGUUUGCCGUCAGCGUUCUCGAAAAACCCAGGCCUCAACGCCAGAUGGGCAGACUUCGAUGAAGAUCUUCGACGGCGAGACGAGCUCCAGGCACAGCAGCAGCAUUUGAGAGAUGCAGAUAGUGGGGAUCGGAAUCUGGGGCUAGGCCGAGAUUCGAAGGAGCAAUGGGCUAGGCAAAGAGAAGGACCAGAUAUACCACCACAUGGAGAUGAGAAGCGGGAGCUGGAAAGCCGCAUUACCGAGGACCUUCCAUUAUAUUCUCCUGUAUACAAGUCAUUGUUCAAUCGGUUGGCAGAGCGAGGAGAUAGCGAGCCGGAUUGGAAGCCAUCGAAUUUCAUCAGUUCCCUUAGUCGCCAAUCGUUCCUUCGUCCUGAAUACUGGCCUUUCAAAUUAAGAAGCGACCAGGAUUCAACGGAUAUGAUGAAAACAAUACGAUACCUAGCCUACAACGAGCUCAAUUGCGAACCCAUGUUCCGCGCUGAAUACUCAUUGCUCCCAUACCUGCUCUUCUCCGAUUAUUCUCCAUUGAAAUUAUCAAUGGAGUCGCAAACACCCUCAAUGCCCCAUCUGGACACAUUCGACUAUUGUGCUGCUUUUGAAGAUCUUAUCAAGACAGCAUCUGGGCAACCGCAAGCACCAUCAUGGUCGCACUACUCAGGUGUUCAUCGGAAUUUCAGUGGGAAUCCCAAAAGUUCUCAGGACGGAAUGAGUUGGAUCCAGAAACUUUAUAAUAUUGGUCUUCUACAACAAAAGACCUCGAUAGAAUUGCAAGAGAGAGCCUCAUGGCGAAGUUUUCCUCGCCCCAUUUGGCCACAGGAAGACUCACGCGAGGAGGCCAAUACUGAAGUCGAGAUGUAUGAGCGCUUUCUGAACUCACUCUCAUCCGCCACUGGCCAGUCCGGGAUGCCAGUAGAUGACGUUUUCGCGGCUAUUCUUAAGGAAGGUGAAGCAUUGAUACGAAGACUGUUCCAGGAUCUAGAUUCGGACGAGACCGGAAGAGCUAUCAAAGAGAAUGUCUCUUCUAUCAUGAAAGACGUACGGCAGUUUCGAGAGGCUUUUGUCACUGCAUCGACUGAAGCCACUGACAAAAAUGAAACUGAACCCGAAUCAAGGACAAAAGUGCAGGAGAAUACUCCAAGUGGAACUUCCAAACUAGUGCAGGAUUCUAGUCGAGUGGUCUCGUCAAGCACGACCUCUGAGCACCAUACUAACGAAGAUGGAUCAAUAGAGACCACAGUGACCGUAUGGAAGCGUUUCGCAGAUGGCAGAGAGUCAUGUACCACUACUAGCCACUUCGAGGAUCCGCCCGCGACCUCUGCACAGGAGAGUGCCGCGCAAAAUGUAUCGGAACCAGAAGACCAAAAAUCAAAGCCUGGUUGGUUCUGGAACUGA